UUCUCCUCCCCUCUCCAAAUUGCUUUGCCAACAAAUUAGGUGGCCUUGGAUUGGAUCCGUCCAUUGGAGUUGAGUUGGCACAGAAACACAUGCUGCUUUGCUAGUGUGCCUAGUGAGAAUCAGUGUGUGCAAGAGGACAACAUGCAUGCACUCCUCCCACCCGGCCAGGCCGCCUCUCCUCCCGGCCCCUGCGGCUUAUAUAUAUACACACACACACCCCUUCUAGCUCCCCUCCAAGAAGCCCCCAAUUAGCUCUAGCUAGAGAUCGAUCGAUCUCACCACCACUCCAAUACAUUGCAGUUGCAGUUGGUUAGUUGAUUUGCUAGCUAGCUUUGCAACAACAACAAGCUCCAACCAAGCAAGCACCAAACACCACAUACUUGCCCUAGCUAGCUAGCCAACUUCAUGCUACAUACACGCGAACCUGCAGUCUCUCUCUCUCACACACGCAUCAUAUCGCAACAGUGACCUAGCCUGCAGCAGCUACAAGUAAAGGUUAAGCGAGCCCUUUGCACUUGCUUGCUAAUUGUUGAUUUCUAAUUAGCUAGUAGCUGAGCUCCACGAUCUGAUGAGAAGGCAUGGCGGCAGCGAGGCCUCCCCUUCGAUCAUCCACACAUCUUCCAUAGCUCUCCUCCAGGAGAGGUUCAGAAACCUGCAGAAGGUGAAGGAGAUGAGGGAGGCGGGCAACAAGGAGCUGAACAGGGUGCGCCCCGCCGACGCUCACGACCGCGCCGCCGCCGCCGGCUCGGCGUCGGCGUCGGCUCUCGGCCUUGGCCUUCAUCACGCGGCGGUGAACGGCACCAAUGAGCAGCCGAGGUGGUUCUUGCACCCGGACUUGGUCCGGCCGCCGUCGAGGCCUCUGCAUCACGGCAGCGGCGUCGUCCAGGCCUCGCCGUCGACGCCGGCGACGACGAGCCCGUGGACGACGAUGCAGAAUUCAGGCUACAGAGGCGACGUAGACGUCGACACCUCGCUUCAUCUGUAAACCUAGCUAUAUAUGGUGGUAAUGGUAUAUGCACGCGCGUAUGCAUGGCGGCCCUCUGCUGUUCUUUCGUUAUUCUGUACGGCUCGUAAGUCCCGGACUUAUUUGCAGUACUUUUGUUGCAUUUUUCCUUGUAACUUCUGCUGUGUUACGUACUCUCUGAGGUAUCCGAGAUAAUGGAUCGAGAUAUAUGAUCUGCAUCUGCAAGGUGUGUUUAACUAGUAUAAUAUAUAUACUCUGCUUAUUGGACA